GCGGCCCCCGGCCCCGGCCCCGGCCCGGCUCCGUGCUCGCUCGCUCGCUCGGGCGGCCGGGCCCGGCCAGGGACGGGCGCGGCCGCAGGGCCUGGGAGUGGCGCGAGGGCCACUGGCGCGAUCCGGGGACCGCCCAGGCGGCUCACCCGCCUGCCGACUGCAGGACGGCAGCGCGAGCGCGGCGGCGGCGGGGCGCCGCUCCCUCCUUGGUUCGCACUCGAGCUCUGUGCCUAACCCGGCAACUUCCGGACUCCCGGGUAGGGAGGAGCCCCGGGUCAGCAAUGCCAACUGUCCUAACACCGAACACACGGCCAGUGUGGAAAAAGCGGUCGGUCCAGGGUUCCCUCCCCUCCCUUGGGGUGCAUCUGCUCAAACUCUUCCAGUCCCUCAAGCAGAAAUGGUGUGGGAUCUGGGCCAGAACCCUCUUGCAGUGACUCAAAGCCGCCAGCCGUACUGGAAGGACAGGGUGGAUGGCCCUUAGCCUCCUCUCCCUUCUGAACUGAUUCACACCACCCCAGUGGCUUCAGUCCCGGGUGCUGUCAUCUUUUCCCUGUGACUCCCCUCCGCUUUGCUUCUCAUACUCCCUCUGGUUUUCCUGCCUCCCUCUUCCGCGGUGGGAUGCAAAGCUGGACCAAGGCCUCCAGGGAAGAGCUCUGCCAUCAAAGAACACAGCACAGGGCCAGGCCCGGCCCAUGGACCCUUCUCCAGACAACCCGACGGCACCAGUGGGGCUGCUCUCCUAAGCCACAGAGGGCCUGGGCACACGGUCCUCUGGGAGGAGCCAUGGUGUUUAGGAGGGACAGGGGCAACUCCCGGUGGUGGCCUGGACGGGGGGGGCGGGGAGGUUGCCCUGGCCCCCUAGGCAUGUUCAGGGCUUUCUUGCUACUUGUCAGCCUGCCUUUGGGAGCCCAGGGAAUAGCCAGUGCCAACCUCAGCACAGCUCUGGACCAUACUGUGCCACGGACAGGAGACCAGUACUUGAGCAUUGGGGAUGGCUCUGUGAUGGAGUUUGAGUUCCCAGAGGAGAGCGAGGGCAUCAUUGUGAUCUCGAGCCAGUACCCAGGCCAGGGCAACAGGACAGGGCCUGGCCCUAUGCUGAGGGUCACCUCCUUGGACACAGAGGUGCUGACCAUCAAGAAUGUGAGUGCCAUAACCUGGGGCGGUGGGGGCGGCUUUGUGGUGAGCAUCCACUCGGGCCUGCCUGGGCUGGCCCCACUCCACAUCCAGCUCAUGGACCCCCACGAGGCCCCACCCAUGCUAAUUGAGGAACGGAGAGAUUUCUGCAUCAAGGUCUCACCUGCUGAAGACACCCCCACCACCCUUGGCACCGACUUGGUCCACUUCUCAGAGAACCCAAUACUCUACUUGCUCCUGCCUCUUAUCUUUGUCAACAAGUGUUCAUUUGGGUGCAAAGUAGAACUCGAGGUUCUGAAGGGGCUCCUGCAGAGCCCCCAGCCCAUGCUGCUGGGCCUCCUAGGCCAGUUCCUGGUCAUGCCCUUCUAUGCUUUCCUGAUGGCCAAGGUCUUCAUGCUGCCCAAGGCCCUGGCUCUAGGCCUCAUCAUCACCUGCUCGGCGCCCGGCGGUGGGGGGAGCUACCUCUUCAGCCUCCUUCUUGGAGGGGACGUCACCCUGGCCAUUUCCAUGACUUUCAUCUCAACAGUGGCUGCCACCGGUUUCCUGCCAUUGUCCUCAGCCAUCUACAGCCGCCUGCUCAGCAUCCAUGAAACACUCCACGUGCCCAUCUCCAAGAUCCUGGGGACCCUGCUGUUCAUCGCCAUCCCCAUAGCAGCAGGCGUGGUGAUCAAGUCCAAGCUCCCCAAGUUCUCCCAGUUGCUGCUGCAGGUCAUCAAGCCCUUCAGCUUUGUGCUUCUCCUGGGUGGCCUCUUCCUGGCCUACCGCAUGGGGGUCUUCAUCCUGGCAGGCGUCAGGCUGCCCAUCGUGCUGGUGGGCCUCACAGUGCCCCUGGUUGGCCUCCUGGUGGGCUACUGCCUGGCCACAUGCCUGAAGCUGCCAGUGGCCCAGCGGCGGACGGUCAGCAUUGAGGUAGGGGUACAGAACAGCCUGCUGGCCUUGGCCAUGCUGCAACUGUCCCUCCGUCGCCUUCAAGCAGACUACGCCUCCCAGGCCCCCUUCAUUGUAGCACUAAGCGGCACCUCAGAAAUGCUGGCCUUGGUCAUUGGCCACUUCAUCUAUAGCAGCCUGUGCCCAGUCCCCUGAGGCCCCUGGGUCAAGCUUUCACCACCCUUCGCCCCCACCCUCCACCCACUGUACCCACAGUUCUUGUGUACCAAAGGCCUUCAGCUCUCAUGCACUAUGCACUCAGAAAAAAAAUCCAGGCUUAUUUUUUUUACUGGUUUUUUAUUCUCCAGCUUUCAGUGCCAAAGAGGCCAUGCUGAGUUAGGUAGGUGGGCACUGCUCAGAAAAUAUAUUUCAAUAAAAGAGAAGCAAGCUUG